GGGGGUGCCGGUCCGUCGCCGCCCGCAGCCGCCUCCCGCCGCUCCCCACAGCUUUCCCGAGGUAUGUUCGCGUUUGGUGUCUUUUGGGCCACAAGCACCAAAAAGCCCCGCGUGGAAGCUCGCUUGUGCUCCAGGAGUGUUUGUGUGAGGAGGCGGGAGGGAACGCCUCUCUCCGCUGCUUCUGCGGCCGUCUCUGGCAUGCUGCUCCGUGGGAUGAAGGCAAGAGUUGCUGCGCGAGCAGCGAGUUUCCUUACGAAAAUGGGUAAUUUCGGGCCCCGCGCUGGAGCUGCAGUGUCUGGUUUGUCUGUGAAGGAUGUAAGAGGGCAUGCGGCUUUAUCUGUGUUUAAAAGUGCAGCCUGUGGGAUGGUCACAGUAACCUCCUGGAGGGGAAAUGCGGAGGUGGUCACUGCUAGAAGGACUGAGUCACACGAUGUCCCAGACAUUGUCACCCUCUUCAGCCCUGUCACAGAAGACCUCUUCGGAAGAAUUGAUGUCACUUACCUUUUAGAAUUAUCAAAUCUUGCUUUGACACUCUGCAAUGAGAAGAAUGAGGUUCUAGCCCAUGCUGCCUUUCUGGACUAUCCAAAUUGGAAUAUCACUGAUCAGGCUGAAUGGGAACCAUUCCUGCAUGAAAACUACACUAACAAUAAGUGCACUCCUUUGAACACUCUCUUUGUGCAUCUCUUAGUGGCAAAGGAAGAAUAUGCAGCUGGAUGUUCCCAGGAAAUUGUUAGGAGAGCUUUCAUCUUACUACCAGAACUGCAGUUUAUACUCCUCUUUAUACCAUCCGAGGAGAGGCUGGGUUUUAGUCAUUCAGAGCUGGCCAUGGGGAAUGUGUUUGAAAGGAUGAUGCCUGUUCCUGGCUCACGCAUGGAGAGAGGUUUCACCUUGCUGGCUUGCCCCAGGCAUCGGUGUCACCCCCAGCUGUACGUGCGCCAAGCAAGGAUGGAAGAUUAUGAUGAUCUCAUGCUAAUCUGGACACCUCAAAGUGAGACUCUGAAGGAAACCUAUGGUGAAUAUCUCCUUGUUGAUCUCAUAGAACGUGAAGGUGAAGAAAAUCAGGCAGCUGUUUGUGAGGUUGAUGGCACUGCUGUAGGAUUCAUGAGCUUAUGUUCUCACGUGAAUAUUUCCUUGUUUCAAGAGUGUUUUGACUUAGGGCCUUUCCAUGGACUCUGUAAACCACAUCCAGAGGAUAUUCUCAAAGUGCCACGGAAGCCAAGCGUUCAAGGAGAUAAAGAUGAAAGCAACCAAACAAGUCCAAAGGCAGAGCCUGUUUGUUCUCAGGACUUGGGACACGUUCCUGGUGCAGAUGCAGCUGUGCAGGAGGAUGGAGCAGUGGUCCUUUCCCAGACUGAAGUGCCUGUGGGUGAUAUCAGCAACUCGGGCUCUAAGGGCUCAGCAGCACCUCUCCUGGAGACUGAGGAGGGGGAUUUACACCCCGUGUACAGAGGAGACCCAAAUGUCUUCUCUAUCCGUCUGUUCUUUAUCAAUGAGAAGUAUGAAACUAGGUCACUGGAUUUUUUGCAGUAUGCUUUCAGCGUUUUCCCAGACAGAGACUUGUGUGUGAUCCUGGUGCCACAUGACGUCCCAGAGUUCCCUCUGCUGCAGAGCUUUGUCCGGGCUGUCCCUUCCUGCACUUCCAGCCUGGCUCGGGAGCUGUACGUGUUCCACCGGGCGGGAUUGCUCACGUCAUUUAAUGUAAGAAAAGCAACGACCAGUGACUUGCAGGGUGUCAAAAUGCUCGUUGAAACUCUUAGCUUGAAUGAAAAGAUAUGGAACGACUCAAAGAUAUUCACUGAGGCUCGCAGGGAUCCAGAUGGGAUGCCAGUACAGGCUUUUGUGGCAGAAGUUCUGGAUCAAAUCGUUGGUGUUUCUGUCACUAGGGAUGAAAUGGAUAUUGAGUAUAUCAGAUCACAUUACAACAUUGAGGAAUUCAUUCAUUUUAAUCACCACCAGCAAGAGGAACAUGGACAUCUUUGCCACUUUGUCUUGAAUCCUGUAUUUCAUCACUACACAAAAUACUUCCUAAAGGAGAUUCUUCGCUUGGGUCACAAAUCUUCUCUUUACUACCCUAUUUAUCCAGAAUAUGUGGAGGCCCAGUUCCAGCGUCCCCGUGCCCAUUCCCUGACAUCUGCCCUCCGUUGCAUGGCUCCCGUGCGGCCGAGACGACAGAUUGUGUAUCCUCUGCGAGCGCUUGGCGCGAGCGCUCCGGCGGAGCAGGUCUCCGAGGAUCAGCUGAAGUAUUCUUUGAACCACACAAAUCGAAAACUGGUGCUGGAAUCAAAAGUGUGUAUCAACAGUAGAAUUGUGGUGGUUGGUGCAUCUGAUGUUGGAAUCUCUUUUCUGGAAACGCUGGUUUUUUGGCCUCGUCUGAAGUUCAACAACCUGACCUUGAUUUCCACUCAUGGCCUUCCAGGAAAAGACCCACAGAGCUCCAAGUAUAGAAGAUUUUUAAUUAACAGCCACUGUUUUAAUGAUGACGAUUAUGCACAGAUGUCACUUUGUUCCUGGGUUAAUGUUGUGGUUGGUAAAAUGACGAGCAUAAACCGCAGUGCCAAAUACGUUGUUGUUUCCAAGGAGAAGAAAGUGCCUUACGACUACCUGGUUCUGUGCACGGGACAGAGCUACCAGGCCUUGGCCCCCACAGGAGCAGACAGCACUGAAAUCACGGGUCAGUGGCCACAGAGAUACACAGAGAAAGUCCCUUCCAACCACUUCACUCUCAACAGCGCCCAGGACUGCUCGGAGGCAGCACGCUGGCUGCAGGAAAACCUCGUCAGCUCCACAGGGAACGUCAUUGUCUAUGGGAAUACAAUUGACAUUUACACCACGGUAGAAGCCCUCUUAUCCCUUGGGAUCGAUGGCUCCCGCAUCCAUCUCGUGCGGGCUCCGCUCAGCUCUGCCGGUCCGAGCCUCGGGGACGCCGCCCUGGAGCGUGUGGUGGGGGAUGCCCUGGCACAGGCUGGGGUGGCUGUGUACCCUGACAGUGUCCUGGCAGAGUGGGGCCAGGAUGAGCACGGCCACAUCGCCUGGGCUGCCUUCAAAGCGCUGGAGAGCGCGGAGCCGCUCCGCCUGCCCUGCUCAGCAUUUUUUAGCUUUGCCUACAGGACACUGGAUUAUGAAACCUUUAAGGCCAUCAGUGAUGCUUGCCUAGUUUUUGAUGGAAGACUUGUGAUUGAUGCCAAAUUCCACACCAAUGAUGCCAGCAUCAGGGCAGCAGGUCCCCUGACAAAGUUCUCCAGGAGAUACUUCAGGGAUGAUGUGACACACAGCAACUUCAACUCCAAGGAGAUUGGCUUUGAGCUUGCUGCUUCCAUGCUGAGUCUCUUUGAUCCAAGCCCUCAGCCCAGUUCUGAGCCACCAGAAGGCUCAGACAGACUCCUCCCUGUAUACAGAAGGUGUAAAGUUCAAGGUGGUGUUCUUCCUGGAGGUUAUAACUACUUGCACAUUUCCAAGCCUGGAAUCCCUGUGCCCUUGGAUGUAGAACAUGACCCGUGUGAUCAUGGCAUGGAGAUCGUGACUGGGGACGCUGCUGCUGGGAAUUACUUCAGGAUGCACUUGAGCAGAUACAGGAUGGUGGACAGCAUCACCUGCUUUGCCAAGGAACCCUUCCCUGUCCCCAACUACCUCUGCUUGUACGGCCAGCACGAGCGCCUGCUCAAUGACCUGUGCUACCGCUGGAGGGCCGGGCAGCUCUCAGACCUCUACAGCUACUUCAGGGAACCUUGGUCCAUGGCCAUCUAUCACGAUCGGUUUAUUGAUCUGCAGAAGGAACUGCGCCAAACCCUGAUGUCAGAACAGCCGGCAGGCAGGGACCGGAGCCGGGCAGAGCCGGGCGCAGCGGCAGCAGCGGGAGCCCCGCAGCGGCACAGGGACCCUCCCAGGAGCGCAUCCUCCCGACACGGUAAUUGGGAUUUGCAGCAGCCAGGGCUGCUUAAACCACCUGUUCCUCUCAGAAAUAAACCGCUCUUUUAAAGGUCUAAUAAAGUCCCCUGGCAGCUCUGGAGGCGAGGGCAUGCAGAGCCCAGCUCCUGUGCUGUGCCGCUCUGCUGAGCCUUUCCAGCCUUCCUUAGGGAAUAAUGGGGGAGUGAUGGGGAGGAUUUAACCAGAGCAGAGCCUCUGCUGCUGUGGGCACUGGGCUGGGGGAGAGAGAGGGAGCAUGGCUCAGCUGCAGGUUAAAACAGUUCUGCUUUCUCAGGGUAUGGGGCCGUGGUGUGUUUAUUGGCUCAUUUUCCAGUGUUUUAGAGGGAAAUUGCCUGUAGUGCAAUACCAGUUCAAUGACAAAUGUGAGGAAAAUGAUGUACAGCUGGGGGCACCUGAGCUGGGAGGUUUUGGGUUAGUUACACAGACAGAAGAAAAUCAGAAUUUAUUACAUACAAUAAAUUCUAUUUUGCAUUUGCCCGUGGGUCCCUGGAAGUGUCCAAGGCCAGGCUGGAUGGGGUUCAGAGCAACUUGGGAUAGUGGAAGGUGCCCACAGCAAGGGGCUGCAAUGAGAUGAACUUUAUUGCUCCCUUCCAACCCAAACUAUUCUAGGAUUCUGUGAUAAAAGAAAUGUUAAAAAUAUAUUCCUUUUAUAGCAGUAUAUUCUAUAUAGAUGAUCUACAUAAGUAGAAUUCAGAAUAUGUAGAUCAUGUAUAUUACAUGUAUUUUAUCAAAGCAUAUUAUAUUAUACAAGAGAUACUAAUAUAUGUCUGUUAAAUAUUGUCACUUAGACAAUGCAUAUUAAAUGUAUUAUCUACAACAUAUAAAAACACAUAUGCAUUAUACAUAAUUACUGAUACAUCACCAAUGUUGAUGUAAUGAAACACUCUUGUCUGACAGGAGGUUUUGUCAGCUCUGCAGCCAGGAUUUGUGUGCUGUGGAGGACAGUGUAGGUGCUCAUAAGUGUGCAUAUCCACUGUACAUACAUGGUCUGAAAUACAGUUUUUGUAUCUAUAUACUGCACUGAAUAUUUCGUGAUGCACAUCAUAUAUGUUCCAAAUAUUGCAUGUUCAUUAUAUCAUGUUAUACAGAAUUCAUACAUCACUGAUAUGAUUUAUAUACUUUUCUUAUGUUCAUUUUUAAAUAAAAGUGUACUGCACAUAUAUGCACACAGUAUUACAGUUAGCAAAGUAAUGUUAUAGUUUAUGUCAUAUGUACAUAUAGCUAGUAUAUAUACCAAGCUUAUAUAGAUAUACCUUAUAUAGAUAUACCUGUGCUUAUAUAGAUAUACCUGUAUAAUAUAAAGGUAAUAUGUUGUAUUAACCUAUAACCAAUUUUUGAAUAGAGUUAUUACCUUUAUAGUCAGUAUUUAAUAUUCAAAACCAGGUAUUAAUAAGAUAAAAUAUAUAGUGCAUAUAUUAUAUAAUACAUUGUGAAAUAUAUAAUGCAUAUCACAUUAUAUACCUUGUAUUAUACAUAAAUUACAGAUCACAGAUUGCAUAUAUUUUCCUUAAUGUAAUAAUACAUACUCAUUGUAUCUGUAUUUAAUGCCUAUAACAUAUGCUCUAGCUAAUAGAAACAUGCAUAACAUCAAAUAUUAGAUAUGCAAUUUGAAAUACUGUAGCAUGUAAUAUAUAGAACAUAAGACAACAUCCCUAAUAUAUUUUCUAUAGUUAAAGAGAUCAUAUUAAUAGGCAUAGGAAUAAGAUAAUACCUAUACAAAUGUUUGUAAAAUAUGUUAGGCAGCCUUUUAAAGCUGAAUGAAGGUACAGUUAGAGGUGAUAUUUGGAGGAAAUUCUUGGCUGUGAGGGUGGCAAGGCACAGGUUUCCAGAGAAGCUGUGGCUGCCCCAGUCCUGGACGUGUUCCAAGGCAUGUUGGGCAGGGUUUGGAGCAACCUGGGAUGGUGGAAGGUGUCCCUGCCCAUGGCAAAGGUGGGAUGAGAUGAGCUUUAGGUUCCUUUCCAACACAAUCUAUUCUGGCACUCCAUGGUAAGUAUAAACUAGUCUAUAUUUUUAUUUAAUUUAGUAAAUUAUUUUUCAUGCCAUUUCCGUGCCUGCAGCCACAGGUGUCCCUGGUUCUGUGGGUGCCCCUGGUCCUGUGGGUGUCCCUGGUUCUGUGGGUGCUCCUGGUCCUGUGGGUGUCCCUGGUCCCAUGGUGUCCCUGGUCCCAUGGUGUCCCAUGUCCUGUGGUGUCCCUGUUCCCGUGGUGUCCCUGUUCCCAUGGUGUCCCUGGUUCUGUGGGUGCCCCUGGUCCUGUGGGUGUCCCUGGUCCUGUGGUGUCCCUGUUCCCAUGGUGUCCCUGGUCCUGUGGUGUCCCUGGUCCUGUGGGUGCCCCUGGUCCUGUGGGUGUCCCUGGUCCCAUGGUGUCCCUGGUCCUGUGGGUGCCCCCAGCCCCAUGAUGUCCCUGGUCCUGUGGUGUCCCUGGUCCCAUGGUUUCCCCAGCCCCAUGAUGUCCCUGGUCCCGUGGUGUCCUUGGUCCCAUGGUGUCCCUGGUCCCGUGGUGUCCCCAGCCCCAUGGUGUCCCCAGCCCCAUGGUGUCCCUGGCCCCGUGGUGUCCCUGGUCUUGUGGUGUCCCCAGUCCCAUGGUGUCCCCGGUCCCAUGGGUGUCCCCGGUCCCAUGGUGUCCCCGGUCCCAUGGUGUCCCCAGUCCCGUGGUGUCCCUGGUCCCGUGGGUAUCCCUGGUCCCAUGGUGUCCCUGGUCCCAUGGUGUCCCCAGCCCCAUGAUGUCCCUGGUCCCGUGGUGUCCCCGGUCCCAUGGUGUCCCCAGUCCCGUGGUGUCCCCAGUCCCACGGUGUCCCCAGCCCCAUUGUGUCCCCAGUCCCAUGGUGUCCCUGCUCCCAUGGUGUCCCCAGCCCCAUGAUGUCCCUGGUCCCGUGGUGUCCCCGGUCCCAUGGUGUCCCCAGUCCCGUGGUGUCCCCAGUCCCAUGGUGUCCCCAGCCCCAUGAUGUCCCCAGUCCCAUGGUGUCCCCAGCCCCAUGGUGUCCCCGGUCCCAUGGUGUCCCCAGUCCCGUGGUGCCGGUGCCAGCCCCUCAGCUGUGUGGGAGCUGUGUGCCCUCUGUCUGGAGCCUGUCCCCAUCCCUGCUGCUGCCAGGGCAGUGGGGACAGCAGCUGUGCCAGCCCUGGUGCGGGCACCGCCGGCUCAGAGCGCGGCCAGCACGGCCCCCGAGCCGUGAGCCCAGCCUGCUCUCCACCCGCUCCAGGGUGCUGGGCCUGGGGCAGGGAUCCUCCCGGGGAAAGGCAGGUGGAAACCAGGUUCCCAACAGCUCCUUAGUGUGUGCACGUUCACUUCUGCAAAGUGUCUUAUCUGGAGCUAGCUGGAUUAACUCUCCAUUUCUAGUUAGAGCACCUGAAAGCAAUUUAGGAGAGGACUUUGCUGGGAAGGGAGAUUUCCUUUUUCUCUUCAGACGUCAUUAUGGCUGAGUGCAGCCCCCUGCAUUUGCUCUAGGAAUGCUCCUCUCCAGAGGAGAAAAUCACCAUUACAAACCUCUUAUUUUAAUACUGCUGCUUGGACCACGAGGCAUUGCAGGGAAUUGCCCAGUGGUUUCUGGGGUCCCCAAAGGUCUGUCACUGUGCUUGGCACCACGGGCAGGGCCGGGCUGGCAGGAGGUGCCACCCUGCAGGGUGACAAAGGGCACUGCUGCCAUGUGGGGCCGCAGUGUGUGACCAAAGGUGCCCCCGUGUCAGUCACGGCACGGUGUGGAGUCCUCGAGAGCUCUCCGGGCUGGGGACCCCGCUGCCUGCUCCACAGCCCAGAGGGACUGAAGCCACAUCCAGCAGGGAAUGUCCCUGUCACCUGGGAGCCAGCCCUGCACACCCACAGCACCCACAGCAGCCGGGCCCAGCAGCACCAGCAUCGGAGUUCCAGCCCCAGCACCUCCCUCCCACCGCCACACACACCACAGGUUCCUUCAGUGACAGGAAAUCAAUAGAAAGCAAAACCCAGCUGUGAAGCAGAAAAUCAAACAGGUUUGCCCAAGCUCUCAGUGAUAGAGGUUCCUUCCUGCAGCUGCACCAGGUGAGUUCCUGCCGGGCACCCAGGCUGAGCUGCUGCCCCUCAGGCACAGAGCCCAAGGGCCACCUCAGCAUCACUGGCCACAGCUGGAAUGUGCCCCACAGGCACUGGGGGCCCCUGGCCAGGUGCUGGCUCUCAGAUGGACAGACAGCUGCAAUACCAAGUGCAAGUGCAGAAACAAACACGGGGGCCCAACAGGGCAUUUCCCAAAAUCCCUUCACUCAAAACAACUCCCAUUCUGUUGGGAGGUGUGUGGAUGUGUGCCCAGGAGCAACCAAGCAGCAGCAGGACAGGGCUCUGGGGCUGCUGAGCUCAGAUUUCUGUUGCUUUAAAAUACUGGAUGUUUAACCCCAUCAACCUAUGACACCUGUAGACCAAAACACCUCAGCUACUGCCAACACGAGCUCUGCUCACUACAGCAGGUGCCAGGAGGACCCCAAGUCUCCAGAAACCUUUAGUUGAGUUGUCCUCUGGCUAGAGACAGGUCCCUGCUGGGACAAGGUAAGGGGGUUACUCAGUUCUUCACGCUGUGCCGGGAAGGGGUCAUGGCAGGAGUGUGGCAUUUGCUCUUCUAGAAGUGAUUUGCUUAUUUUUGUUUCUCUAGGGAGCAGUUCCAGUGCACACCACAGAAAAGCCACGGUAUUCCCGCAGUGGGACAUCCCUCAUCCACCUGUGCUCCAGCAGGAAUGUUUACUACUGGGCUAGGCACAGGAAAACCUCUCUUCAGCAGAAAUUCCCUAAUGCACAGCCUCUCCUGGGCAUCACUCAGGUGAACUUGACCACCAGAGGAAGAGUUUGCUCCAGGCUGCUGAAGAGCUGCCAUACUGUGCUUCCCAGAGAAGUGAGGGAUUUCUCUUUGCCAGCUCCCAGAAGUGAGGAGCAGCGAGGCUGUCAGUGUCCAGAGAGCUGGAAAUGAGCACCCCCAGUGUGAGGGCUGGCACAGAACUCUCCCUGGAAGAAUCCUAAAGAAUUGUGAUUUCUUACACUAUAUUACAGGUGGGAGGGAGGAACAGCCUCACAGCCAGGCAGGGAGAGCAAGUUCUGAACCCUCUCAGAAGGCUGGCACACCAGUGGCACCUGCUCUGAACCUCCUGAGGGAUGGUUGUGUAGUAGGAAAACCUACUUCCAGUGCAACAACUGACUCCAUUCCUAGCUGUGCCUGGCCAGGCCACAGCUCUUCAAUCCUCCCUGCACCUUCCUAGCCCAGGACGGGUGGGGACAUGGCCUCGGGUCAGUGUGGCAGCAGGAUGAGCCCUCAGCUGCUGUCUGAGGACAAAGACCCACCCUGGCUCUGGACUGCACUUCCAAGAAGAGAGAAAUGCCCCCUGUAUGGCUGAGUGGCAGACAGGUGAUUCCUGCAGGUGUGGGUGGACAGGUGGAUCCAUGUCUGGAGCAGGCCUGGCUGGGGAACAGUGGAGCUGCCGGGGCUCCAUUCAGCCUCCCUGCCCACUGCUGAGGGGCAUCUGAUGGAAAACACAUCCCCACGGCCACAGCUGACACUGCCCCUGCUCAUCACUCACUAAAUAUGCAGGAGAAUCAGCAGGUGACGUGAAGAGACUCUCUGAAGCGGAGAUUCUGACACCAGAAGUCAUGGCCAGCCUCCAGUUCAUGAGCGGGAAAUUAAUUCUGAGGCUCAGAGGUCUGAAAAUUGGGACCGGACUGGGGGAGGCUUUGCACUUACAAGCAAUUAAAAUAAUGAAAUCAUACCCAGGUACUCCUGAUUUAACAGUGUUUUGAAAUCCUCAGCUGCUGGGAAACACUUGAAAUGUGUUUGGCAUACACAGCUCAUCCUUCAGAAAGUGGGGCUGCCGAGGGCUGUGCCCUGUCAAACCACAUCUGACACAACACCGUGUGCUAAGAACAAGUGAGGAUGGAAAACAGCUAGGCACAGAGCAAAGCGUUUAAAACAGAUCUCUGGAUCCACAUUCCUGUUUGCUGAUAUGUCGGCAGAUAAACGAUUCAAGUG